CUCUUUCCCCGCCAAGUUCCUGCCUUUCUCCUGCGCGGCCCGCCUCUCUCCUCGCCAAGGCCCCGCCUUCCUUCCUCCGGGCCUCGCCUCUCACCCCGCCGAGGCCCCACCCCCUCCCGCGCGGCCCUUUCCGGCACAGAGCCCACCCCUAGCCCAUGCGAAGCGGCGGCCGCCGGCACCGCCCCCGCCGCGCUCCCGCUUGCCGCAGCCCGCGUCGUCUGCCGCCACCGCGCGCCUUCACUGACCUACACCACCGCCGCUGCCGCCGCCGCCGCCGGGCUCGCUGGCUGGCCCGGUGCAGGCGGCGGACUCCCGCCGGAGAGGACUGCCAGCGCCGCCGCCGCCGCCGCCGCUUCGGCCCGGGCCCCGACCCCGUCCCGGGCCCCAGCGCCGGCCGCCCGCCCGGUCGGGCGAUGAAGUGUCACUAUGAGGCGCUGGGGGUGCGGCGCGACGCUAGCGAGGAGGAGCUCAAGAAGGCCUAUCGGAAGCUGGCCCUGAAAUGGCACCCGGAUAAAAAUCUGGAUAAUGCCGCAGAAGCAGCUGAACAGUUUAAAUUAAUCCAAGCAGCAUAUGAUGUGUUGAGUGACCCUCAGGAAAGAGCAUGGUAUGAUAAUCAUAGAGAGGCCCUACUUAAAGGUGGGCUUGAUGGCGAAUAUCAAGAUGACAGCUUAGAUUUGCUACACUAUUUCACCGUUACCUGUUAUUCUGGUUAUGGAGAUGAUGAAAAGGGAUUUUACACGGUGUAUCGUAAUGUUUUUGAAAUGAUUGCCAAGGAAGAACUAGAAUCUGUGUUAGAGGAAGAGGUUGAUGAUUUCCCAACUUUUGGAGACUCCCAGAGUGACUAUGAUACGGUAGUCCAUCCUUUCUACGCUUAUUGGCAGAGUUUCUGCACUCAAAAGAAUUUUGCAUGGAAGGAAGAAUAUGAUACACGACAAGCUUCAAACCGCUGGGUAAAACGAGCCAUGGAAAAAGAAAACAAAAAGAUUCGGGACAAAGCAAGGAAAGAGAAGAAUGAGCUUGUCCGUCAGCUGGUAGCUUUCAUUCGUAAAAGAGAUAAAAGAGUGCAGGCGCAUCGAAAACUUGUGGAAGAACAGAAUGCAGAGAAGGCGAGGAAAGCCGAAGAGAUGAGGCGGCAGCAGAAGCUAAAGCAGGCCAAACUGGUGGAGCAGUACAGAGAACAGAGCUGGAUGACUAUGGCCAAUUUGGAGAAAGAGCUCCAGGAGAUGGAGGCACGGUACGAGAAGGAGUUUGGAGAUGGAUCGGAUGAAAAUGAAAUGGAAGAACAUGAACUUAAAGAUGAGGAGGAUGGUAAAGACAGUGAUGAGGCCGAGGACGCUGAGCUCUAUGAUGACCUUUACUGCCCAGCAUGUGACAAAUCGUUCAAGACAGAAAAGGCCAUGAAGAAUCACGAGAAGUCAAAGAAGCAUCGGGAAAUGGUGGCCUUGCUAAAACAACAGCUGGAGGAGGAAGAAGAAAAUUUUUCAAGACCUCAAAUUGAUGAAAAUCCAUUAGAUGACAAUUCUGAGGAAGAAAUGGAAGAUGCACCAAAACAAAAGCUUUCUAAAAAACAGAAGAAAAAGAAACAGAAACCAGCACAGGAUGUACCUGGCAAAGAUUCAUAUCUGCCUGCAGCUCACUUUCAGAUGGCUUGGGGAAAAAAGUGUGUGUUGGGAGAGAGAAGACAUGGAGAGAGCGAGCACAAAUGUGCCAAAAUGUUGCUUGAAAACAGACAGAAUUAUGAUGACAAUUUCAAUGUAAAUGGAACUGGAGAAGGAGUAAAGGUUGAUCCAGAAGAUACUAACUUAAAUCAAGACAGUGCCAAAGAAUUGGAAGAUAGUCCCCAGGAAAAUGUCAGUGUCACAGAGAUCAUUAAACCAUGUGAUGAUCCAAAAAGUGAAGCUAAAAGUGUUCCUAAACCCAAAGGAAAGAAAACCAAAGAUACGAAAAAACCUGUCAGAGUACCUGCUGAACCACAAACAAUGAGUGAUGUUCUUAUCAGCUGUACAACCUGCCAUAGUGAAUUUCCAUCUCGGAAUAAACUUUUUGACCAUCUAAAGGCCACAGGUCAUGCAAGAGCACCUUCAUCAUCGUCUUUAAACAGCGCAACAAGUAGUCAAAGCAAGAAAGAGAAACGUAAAAACAGAUAGAGAUUCUGCCUGUGCUUUUGUUUGACUGUCUCUAGAUUUUGAAACCAAAAAACUGAACUGAAAUCAUCUAAAGAGUUAAAAUUUCAGUGAUCUGCAAUUAAUUACAUUGUGGAAGAUUAUUUUUUAUCUUUGUAAAAACAUUUUUUUGGUUUAAUAUAUAUUUUUAAAACAUUUCACUAGUGAUUGAAUUCUACUUUUGCCAUCUGAAUUGACUUGAAUGUCUUAAAACAGGUAAAUACUGUAAAAUGUGUAUUCUUGAUGUUUAUUGGCUCAUGUGGACAGAAAUGUACAGGGAGAAUUACAUUAUUUUAACACAUAGAAGUGCCCCUUUCUGCUUUAUUUUCUGAAUUUCACAUUACUUUUACUUAAUGCUUUUGUAUUUUGUUAAUACUUCAUAAUAUGUGAAAAACUCGGAUCUUUUAAAAAGCAUCAUAGAUCAUUUUUCCAUGACACUGGUUCCGAUUUAAAAAUUAUUUUUAAAUAACCGAUUAUUGAUUACUGUAUUUUUUUUCUCAAGAACAGUGAUAGGUAGAAACUAAUUGAACAUUUGGUAGUCUUUCAAGAAUAGUGUCUCUUCAAGGUUUUACUUGAUUUAAUUUGAUAUUUUACUGGUUUACCAGUAAGGUGUAUUGUUCAGUUUUUUGCUCCGAUUUGAAUUGUGGAGGUGGAAGCAAAUUAGUUUACAUGGCAUGUCCUCCCUAGGCACAGUGACAGCUGUAAAGUAUGACGUAACAAGGUAGCAGAUGGUACAGAAUUUAUACUAUUUAAGAAGAGAUGUGGUGUUCUUCAUUAAGUUUUUUUCUUCACUAUUUUCAGAAGUUUUUGUUCUUUUUUUUUUUCCAUCACUCAGUGAAGAAAAACUUUGUUAAUGAAAGAUUUUGUGAUAGAGCUGAUGCUUAUACCAUCUAUUCUAUAGCAGUGAUGAAUAUUAACAAAGGAAAUAUGGAGAACUGUUAUAACUGAGUGUUAGAACAGUCGUAUACAUUGAUCAGUUUUGAGUCCAUUUUUAGGAUGGAGUAGUCAGUUCUUUUCAUUGGUCUUGAAAGUAAUUUUAAACUCACUGGCUUGAAAUGUAUGCUUUCUGUACAAUGAAGUUAUUGCUUUCCAUAUAUCCUUGAAUCUUCAGAUUAACGAAAUGAACAAAUUUUCGGUUAUAGAUCAGCUCUAAAACACUAAAGUCCUUAAUGGCAAGGUCUUUUCUGAUAGCUUCAUGGAUAGUAUUGAUGAUCAGCUUUCUUCUGUGUUAUUGUCUUAAAAAUAAGCAUUUGAACCUUAAUUUAAAUUUUUUUCUUUUCCAUUUAGAGAUGUGUUUUUUUCUUUACCUUCAUACCUUUCUAUUUCUUGCUAAUUUCUAUCACUAAUUCCUUAUAAUUGUCCCUGCUCCCCUUCUUGAUCUCUUCAGGGGGAAUACUAGCCAGUUUUGUAUCUUCUGAUCUCGUACCCUGAGACUUCAUCUGAAUGUGCUCUGCCGCCUUCUUAUCUGAACUAGAUGAAUUGGCCAUAAUUAUGAAUAGGAAUAUUAAUGAACCAGAGGACAUACUAGUCACAUGUUAUUAUACACUAAAAAAUAGGAAGUCAUCUUGAAAGGCAGUUAAUGUACUGCAAAUGUCCCUUAUGACUUCUUUGCUUUCUCUUGUACCAAACAUGCAGGUAUUUAAUUUGUUUAAUGAGGGUUGAGUGGAGUUACGUGUCGCUUUUAUUCGGAUUGACGAAAAUCAACCAUAAUUUUCAAGGGAUCUUCAUGGGUUGUGACUGGAAGCUGACCUUAGUCUUGCGUCUCAUCCUUUGUGAUGUUGAGAAAUCAUCUAAUUUCUCAGAACUUUUUCUUAUCUCUAACACAGUUAUUACCAUAAUAAUAUUGUCUCCAUUUAUCAUACAGGAUCAUUAUGAAAGUAAAAUGAAGUAGUAUAUAUGAAAAUGCUUUUUAAACACAAAAGCUUUAUACAAAAUAUUGUUGAAUUUAAAUAAGGCAAAUCUUUUUUAGUUUAUAUAUUUGCAGACUAUACAUGUUGGAUUAAAUGGGCAAUUAAGUUUUAUAGGAAUUUGCUUCCUAAGUCUACUUUUGAAGAGGAAAACAGGAACGUACCCUAUAUUUUGCUAAGGGUAAAAUAUUUUUGGUGAAUUGCAGACAUUUAAUUUCACUUGUCUGAGGUAAAACAAUAUACUAAAAUACAUGGGCAUGCAUCUUACACUGAUCUCAUUAGAGGUCAGUGCUAAGUACCCAUCUUGAUUGAAGUUAGCUCAGAUGUGGAGAUUCAUAGAAUGAGGGUCCAGGAGAAGAGAGUUAGGGGAAAUCUCAUUUUCUUUCUGUAAUUCAUUCAGUGGUGCCAAAGCUGGGGGUUCCCUGCAAUGGCUAUUUAGACUUUCCCUGCUUCAAAAUAAGAGCAGUAUCCUUAGCUCUAGCCAAGCAUUUUUCUAAUUCCUGCCUUUGGUCACAAAGAAGGAAAAGCAGACCUGUGAAUGAAUUAGUGGAGGUCAGUCACAUCAGAGUUCAUGACCUAGUGAUUGCUCAUGAAGUAAUAUUGGAAUUUUGGUACCAUGAGAAGACUUAUAAAGGAUUUCAUCAGAAGUUUUCAUUUUUUCUAAAUCCUCCCCUACAAAAUUUUCAGAUUGGAAAUUAUUCUUGUAUUUGUAGAAGAUUGUCUCUAAAAUUGUGGUUUAACUCACGCAGGAAGUAAAAUUCUUAUAGCAAGACAUAGUUUCAUUUUAGAGGACCCCCAAAAUCCCGUGAAUUCUCUGGUGAUGAUUCUAGCCUAACCUUCAACAUAAAAUAAUGAAGAGAACUUUUAAACUUUUUUAUGAAUUCCUAAACAUUACCAUUUAUGUGGCAGAAGUUCUGUUCCCUAUAAUCUGCAAUGCUGAAGUAUCUCUAUUCAAUUCCCUUCCUUAUCUGUUAAAUUUAAUGUCUUUAUACUAAAAAUAUAGGCUCUUGGGAUUGGAGAGGAAAAAUUAGAGGUGAUUUUCAGAUUUCUUGUUCUAUGGAAGAGGAAGCUGAGCUCAGGGAGAUAUGAGCUCCACAGCCACAGCUGGUUAGGGGCGGCUGCCAGUAGAACAGGGCAGAUGCCUGGACUCCCAACUCAGUAGGCCUUCUGUUACACCUCAAAAUGUGUUACAUGGGAAGAAAAAGAUUAAGAAAAAGCAAGAUAAUUUUGAAGAAGGACGAGAGGAAGAGGCAUGAACUUGUCCUAACAAUGUCAAAGAAUAUUUUAAAGGUAUACCAGUUAAAGUAGUGUGUGGCUGGUGCCAGUAGAGGUCAGUCAAGGGAUCCCUGAUGAGAAUAAAGAGCCCAGAAACAGGUACAUGUUUAUAUGGGAACUUGAUUUUUGACAGAUACGGCAAGCUCUAUGGGGAAAACAAUAUGUACUACCUUAUACCCUUCCCCAAAAACAAAGGGAUUAAAGACCUAAAUAUGAAGACAACUUUUAAAUGAGAAUCUAUAAGGUUAUUUUCAUGAUUUUGCAAAUGGGAAGGAUUUCUUUAAAGCAAGACACAAAAGCAUACACAGGAAAAAAUGAUGCAUAAAAACAUGGCUUCUGUAGAACAAUAGAGACUGUAAAAGAACAAGCUACAGACAAGGAAAUGUUUGCAAUGCAUGUAACUGUCAAAGGAUUCGUAUCUGGAAUACAUUAAAGAAGCAAAAGAACCUCAUACAAAAGUCAUUGAGAAAAUGACAGCCAUGCAUUAGAACAGCAAUUCUCAAAACUUUUGGUCUCAAGAUUCCUUUACACUCUUCAAAAGUGAGAACCCCAAAGAGUUUUCAUGUAUGUGGGUUAAAUCUAUUGAUAUUUUCUGUUAGAAUUUAAAAAUUAUGUAUUAAAUAAGAAGAAUGACUAUUUUUCAAAACAAAAAAUGAGAAGAGUGGUAUUGUUUUACAUUUUUACAAAUCUCUUUAACAUUUAGCUUAAUAAAAGAUAGCUGGCCUCUCA